ACGUCAUGACGCUGCUUGGCGCAUGCGUACCGAAGAGCGAGAUGGAGGCCUUGAGUUGACAAGAGAAAAAAAACGCGGAGAGAAAUAGGUUAAGAAACUUAUAAAAUAACGUCGGGGGAAAGGCCACUGCAAUCCAGGGAGAGUUCGGGAUAGGGGGAAAGAUUGUGGGAAGCCUCCCCAGGGCACCUCUGGACAUAUUGUAGGUGCGCCGCCCCGGCCUCAACAUGGCGACCGAGAUCGGCUCCCCGCCCCGGUUCUUCCACAUGCCGCGGUUCCAGCACCAGGCGCCCCGGCAGCUCUUCUACAAGCGGCCCGACUUCGCCCAGCAGCAGGCCAUGCAGCAGCUCACCUUCGACGGCAAGCGCAUGAGGAAGGCCGUGAACCGCAAGACCAUCGACUACAACCCAUCCGUCAUCCGCCACCUGGAGAACCGUCUCUGGCAGAGAGAUCAUCGAGAUUUCCGAGUUAUCCAACCUGAUGCGGGAUUUUACAACGAGCUUGUUCCUCCCAUGGGAAUGCUAAACAACCCCAUGAAUGCAGUUACCACUAAAUUUGUCAGAACCUCAACUAACAAAGUUAAAUGUCCGGUCUUUGUAGUACGGUGGACUCCAGAAGGCAGGCGUCUGGUCACAGGGGCCUCCAGUGGAGAGUUCACUCUGUGGAAUGGGCUUACCUUUAACUUUGAAACUAUUCUACAGGCCCACGACAGCCCCGUCCGAGCCAUGACCUGGUCCCACAAUGACAUGUGGAUGCUGACGGCGGACCAUGGGGGCUACGUGAAGUACUGGCAGUCCAACAUGAACAACGUCAAGAUGUUCCAGGCGCACAAGGAGGCGAUUAGAGAGGCCAGUUUCUCACCCACGGAUAAUAAAUUUGCCACUUGCUCUGAUGAUGGAACUGUUCGCAUCUGGGACUUUCUACGGUGCCAUGAGGAGAGAAUCCUGCGAGGACACGGUGCUGAUGUCAAGUGUGUGGACUGGCACCCGACCAAAGGCCUGGUCGUUUCGGGGAGCAAAGACAGCCAACAGCCAAUCAAAUUCUGGGAUCCAAAGACGGGACAGAGCCUUGCCACACUACACGCCCACAAAAACACAGUGAUGGAGGUGAAGUGGAACCUCAAUGGCAACUGGCUGCUCACUGCAUCACGCGACCACCUCUGCAAGCUGUUUGACGUGCGGAACCUGAAGGAGGAGCUGCAGGUCUUCAGGGGUCACAAGAAGGAGGCCACAGCUGUAGCCUGGCACCCGAUCCACGAGGGUCUGUUUGCCAGUGGUGGCUCUGAUGGGUCUCUGCUCUUCUGGCAUGUUGGAGUGGAGAAGGAGGUGGGAGGAAUGGAAAUGGCCCAUGAGGGGAUGAUCUGGAGCUUGGCCUGGCACCCACUCGGUCACAUUCUUUGUUCUGGAUCCAAUGAUCACACAAGCAAGUUCUGGACAAGGAAUCGUCCUGGAGACAAGAUGAGAGAUCGAUACAACUUGAACCUUCUACCUGGAAUGUCAGAAGAUGGUGUGGAGUAUGAUGAUAUUGAGCCCAACAGUCUGGCAGCAAUCCCGGGAAUGGGUAUCCCGGAGCAGUUGAAAAUGGCCAUGGAGCAGGAGCAGAGUGGUAAAGAGGAUGUAACUGAAGCAGAAAUGACUAUCCCUGGGCUGGACUGGGGCAUGGAGGAGGUCAUGCAGAAGGAUCAGAAGAAGGUCCCGCAAAAAAAAGUACCCUACGCCAAACCCAUCCCAGCCCAAUUCCAGCAGGCCUGGGCUGAAAACAAGGUGCCUGCUCUGCCGCCCGGGGAUCCCCCCAAGGAGAGGAAGGAUGAGAAGAAGAUCGAUGGCAAGAAGAAGACCCAGGCGGAGAUAGAGCAGGAGAUGGCAGCCUUGCAGUACACCAAUCCGCUGCUGCUGGAGCAACUCAAGAUUGAGCGUUUAGCUCAGAAGCAGUCAGACCAGGGAGCUGCCCCUCCAGGAUCCCAGCAAGGGGCGAUGCAGCCCUUUGCCAACCAGGGCCCCCUGCCCCCACCCCACCAAGGGUUCCAGCAGCCUCUCGCUCCACAGCAGAUGACCCCCAACAUGGCUCCCAUGGGUCCUGGAGGCCCACAAGGUCCAUUCAUUCCCCAGGGCCAGAUGGGCCCCCCUGGACCUCAGCUUCACCAGGGCCCCCCUGGCCCACAGGGUUUCAUGGGGCCCCAGGAUAUGCAUGGGCCCCAGGGCAUGCAGAGGCACCCGGGUCCUCAUGGGCCAGUAGGGCCUCAGGGGCCUCCUGGGAUGCAGGGCAACAAGGGCAUGCAUGGUCCUCCCGGAAUGCUUCAAGGAUCCAGAGGGAUGCCAGGACCACCCUCGGGGGGAAUGCAGGGUCCACCGGGCAAUAUGAUGGGCCCCCCACCUCGUGGAUUGGGGCCCAGAGACAAUCAAGGGCUUCCUUCGCAGGGAGGUAUGAUGGGACCCCAAGACAUGCGGGGUCCUUCACCACAGGGAAAUAUGAUGGGUCACCAAGGGUCCCCCAUGCAAGGGGCUUUGAUGGGGCCACCAAUGCAUGGUCCCCAGGGUCAACAGAACCAACCCAGAGGACAUGGCAAUAUGCAGGGAAUGGGAAACAUGCAUGGAAUGGCAAACUUGCAGGGGCCUCCUGGGAACAUGCAUGGGCAUCCUGGUAAUAUGCAAGGACAUCCUGGCAACAUGCAUGCACCUGGCAACAUUCAAGGGCCAGGCAACAUUCAAGGACCAGGAAAUAUGCACGGACCUCUAGGAAACAUGCAUGGCCCUGGAAACAUGCAGGGCCCCCCAGGGAACAUGCAAGGGCCUCAGGGGAACAUGCAGGGGCCUCCAGGAAACAUGCACGGCAACAUACCAGGACCUCCAGGGAACAUGCAUGGACCAGGGACCAUUCAAGGCCUCCCGCCGUUCAUGCAGCAGGGCAAAUCACCUCUGCUGGGUGAGGGUCCCAGAGGACAGUUCAACCAGGGAGCACAGAAUCAAGGGCCGCCUCCAUUGAUGUCUGGGAUGGUGCAACAAGGGCCGGGCCCCAAUGGGAAAGGAGACUCCCGCGGGCCCCCCAACCACCACAUGGGUCCCCCUCUGGAGCGGCAGGGUGCCGGAGUUCCAGACCAAGCUUUAGAAAGAGGGGGGCCUUUCUGGGGGGACUCCCGAGACGGGCUCCGAGGCGCUCCUCCGGACUUUGAGGGCCCAGAGGACCGGUUCCACCCCAGGGGGGAGGACGGCUGGAGGCAGCAGCAGCAACAACAGCAACAGCAACAACAGCAGCAGCAGCAGCAGCAGCAGCGCGGCCAGAACCAGGAAUUCCGUGAGGGGGACAGCCGGGCCCAUGGCAGAGGGGGCCCCUCUGGGAACUGGGAGGGCCGUCGGACGUCGGAGGAGAGGUUCCUCCCCCGGGAUGGCGAUGACGCCCGCUUCAGGGGGAGAAGAGAAGACCGGUUCGAGAGCUAUGAUGUCUCCGGAGAAAACUUCGAGCAGAGGCAGCGUGACCAGAGGCGUCCCCUCCAUGGCCGGCACAGCCAGGACUUCGACCACGAGCAGCCCGAGGAAUCGUUCCGGAGGGGCGGUCCUUCCCGGAGCGACACUCGAGGAGGCCGGGGCUUCUCGGAGGACUUCGGGGGCGACGAGAGUUUUGAUCAACCAGAGGAAAAGGGCAGGGCCUGGGACGCUGGAAGAAGAGGGAGGAAUCGUGGGACACCCAGAGCGGGGGGACGGAAGGGGCUGCUGCCCACCCCAGAUGACAUCCCGCCUCACUAUGAUGGAGGACGAAAGCCAGAGAACUGGGAAGGAGGGCGAGACCAGGGCCACGAACACUUCAGAGACGGGCCACGGCCGGAUCACCCCACUCGCGACAGCCCGUCCCCUGCCAGCAGGGAGCGCUCUUCUUCACUGCAGGGCAUGGACAUGGCGUCGCUGCCGCCCCGCAAGAGGCCCUGGCACGACGGGCCGGGCACAGGAGACCCCCGUGAGAGAGACUCGCCAGUGAGUGGCCCUGACGAUCGAGGCCCAGGACGCAGCUCUUCUCAGCGAGGGCUGAAGCUCGGGCGCUCCGGCUCGCAGGAUGGAGACCCGCACAGAGAGGAGAGCAGCUAUGGGGGCUCGGCCCGGGGGGCGAGAGGAGGCUGGGGUCGCGGGGGCGGCGGCGGCAGCGGCGGUGGUGGAGGAGGAGGAGGAGGGAAUGUGAACAGCUCGCGAAGAGGCUCGUCACGCGGACCCUCGCGAGGAAGCCGGGGCCGGUAGGACAGGGAGGACUGCUGCAGGAGGAGAGAGACAUGAUGAGAGGACAUGUGAGCCUCGAACUGGGCAACGCGGGGGGACAGCGGGACAGACGGACACCAAGCCGAGGGCGUGUCGGCAGCAGAGGCCGGAUGCUGGCGAAGGAAGGCGGGAGCCUGUCAUUUCCACAAAGAACCUCUUGGCUUUGGGGCCUACAGGGGGGCCAGGAUGCUAAACCCAAAGGAGUCAAUCCUGCCAUUUCCAUUGGCACCAUCACAUCAUCAGCUGGACUCAAAGCAGAAUCUCCCUGUGUGUAUAUAAAUGAGUUUGUACAUGUGCUCGGUUUUCUUCUGUCAUGGUAGCCCAUCCCGGCUCCUUCGGUAUCCCAUAGUUUGCAGUACCUGUAACUGGAAAAGGUCCAUUUAACAAGCAUCAGGCUUCUUCCAUGCAGCCUUUCCACUGCCUCUGAUGUUCACACUGUAUUUUUACACAGCGGGCGUUUCUUGUUCUCCCAAAGGAUUUCCCAGGUGGCUUUUUUUUUUCUACACAUUUCACUGUUUCACCCUUUUUGAAACCCCUCCCGAUCCUCCUUCACUUAUAAGCACACACACCUCUUGGAUGACCUAGCAGUCCCAGCUUGACUAGGUCAUUGACUCAGCUUGUCCCAGCUCGACUAGGUUAUUCCCGCUGGCGUGAUGUCAACUAACACGUAUGUCCCUCGUUUAUUGUUUUGAAAUGUCUCAAAAAUACGGUGUACAAAAUAUGGUACAGGAACGAGAUAUUCAAGCAUUGAAGCCCUGUGUCUUGUGUGGGCUCUCCCUGUGUCUGAGGUGGCGGCAGCAGCCUUAAAAGCUGCUCACAGUCUCUGCUCUGCCUCUUUCAGCUGUUUUCUGUUGAAUCAUGUCAGGUUAAGCCAGGCUUAGUAUGUCAAAAACCCCUGGAUAUGAGGAAACAACAUUGGGGGGAGAAUCCUUCUGGAGUGUGGUAUAUAAUAGUUUGGAUCAAGAACCAAAACAAAUAUAAACUGAUUGUAGAGGUGGCCAUUUCAUCAUACCAUCUGUUAUAGGCAGUACAAAUACAUUUCAUUUUAGUACAAGUUUUUGACAUUUUUCAUAUCACAGAUUUUAACAAUGCUAUCUUCUAGUGUGUUUUUUAAAUACAAAUCGAGAUACAUUUGUUGUGCCAGAAUUACAAUGCGGAGACAAAUGUCAUGCCUAGUGUCAUCAGAAAACCGGGAAGAUUCAACAUGACAGAAAAUGUGAAGUCCAUUGUGCAGUCUUUUGCAUGUAUGGAAAGAUAAGAUAGGCACAUGUUCAAAAAUGGCAGAAUAUGUAACAGGAAUGGAGUAAUGACAACAGGGGAAAUGUAUUUUCUUAACUUUAGUAAUCUGUUUUUCUACAUUGGCACUUGCUGAAAGGCUGUGCAUGAAUUCAGGCCUGCAAACCUGAUGUUAAAAUGUAUCCUUUUAAAUUUCUACACUUGACACUUUCAGCUAACGUAAUCGUAACCACUUUCGGUCCCCCAAGAUGUCCAGCCCCCUAACAAAAUAUGCCCCAAGAUGUUUUGUCACACUCCCAGUUUUAUGAACUGAAAAACUCUUUUAUGCCUGCAGUCAUUCGCGUUUUCUUUCUAGGGCAGAGCCAUUGGGAUCUAAGGUGUAAAUGAUAUACAGGAAGGAUCUAACUAAUGGAGACCCUAUUUGUGAAUCUUGGUUUCAAAGAGGAGAAAUGUGCCUCCUGACAAAGGUGUGUGUAAAAUCCCAGUGUUGAAGGAUCAGGUGCUUUGGAACACCAGUCCAGAGAUGUUCUCACUGAUUCAAAGAAUUUAAUGUUGCUAACUGUACAGUGUUCUUUUUUUCUCAGGUGAGUACAUUCUGAUACAAAAAGGAGGGGUCCCAUUUCUGAUUUUUCUUUACAGAAAUCCUUAUUUUCCUUGAUUUUUUUAAAAAAACAUCUUAAAAAUGGGAGAAAAAAAAAUCUGUAUACUGAACUCUAACAUUACCAGGCGCCUUUCAGAGAUACAGAGAGGUGAGUUUCUUUGUAAAUGUAUAGUUUGUCAAGGAAUUGUCAUAUUGUUUUGUCAUUUUUUUGUAUGAAACUGCAAUAGAAAUUUGUGCAAAAUUUACCAAAAAA